GUAUUCCUCCUUCGCUCUGUGUCCGAAGGCUUGGUGUCUCCUCAACAGUAGCCAGCUGAUGGCUUCCCACGGCGGCGUGUCAUUGAUAUGGCUCUUGCUCCCCGAACCACGCCUCCUCUUCCGCCUCCUCCCCUGAGGCGGCCCUGACGGUAGCGCGAGCGUCCCGCUGGUUGUCAGAGCUCCCGCUUGGUCGGCGUCGGCGUCGUCAUGGGCGGCGGGUGGUCGCCUUCGUGUCCAUAUUUUCCCCCUACCCUGCCCUCGCCCUCGUGCUCGCUUCACUCCGCAGCCACGAGCCCCCCCCCAUUCCUCUGGCGCCCCGCGCCCAACCUCCUGUGCCUGGGGCGCCACCGUCGGCCGAUCGUGCGCGUGCUGGACACGCGCCCAGAGGGCUUGCAGCCAUGGGCGCGCUGCUGCCGAAGCCGGUCACAGAGAAGUCCUCCGAGGUGGGCGGCACCGAGGCGGUGCGGUGGUCCGCCACGGCGAUGCAGGGCUGGAGGAUGGACAUGGAGGAUGCUCACAUCGCCAUCGCCGACAUCACGGAGGAGCUCGCUGGCGUCGGGCUCUAUUGCGUCUUCGACGGGCACGGCGGGAAGGCCGUCAGCAGCUUCUGCAAGGCCCGCUUCAAGGACGAGUUGCGGGAGCUGACGCAGGAGGUCGGUAGGGCCAAGUUCGGGAAAAACAAAAACGCGAAGCGCAAGUGCGGCUCGAAGCUGGAGCCCAGUGACUUCGACGACAUCCUCAAGCGCUGUUUCCACAAGAUGGACGACCUCCUCCGCGACCCGGCGAAUGCGAAGCAGCUAGCUAAAUUUGUCGGCAAGGUACCCGGUGGUGCGGUCGACGACCUGAAGAAGGAACUCUCGAACGCUCAGGCCAGGCACCAGAGAGGCGAGCUGUCGCCAGCGGAGCAGCUCGAGAUGAAGGAGAAGUUCACCAGGCUGCAGAAGUAUGAGCAGGCGGAGAAGGGCGCGGAUUUUGUGGCAGACAACGUGGGCUGCACCGCGAUCUGCGUCCUGCUGCGCGAGGGCGACAUCUUGGCCGCCAACGCGGGGGACAGCCGGGCCGUACUGUGCCGGGCAGGGCAGGCCGUUGAGCUCUCCCACGACCACAAGCCCGCGUCGGAGGUCGAGAAGGCGCGCAUCGAGGCCGCCGGCGGCUACCUGGAGGACACCCCCGGGGGCGCCAGGGUCAACGGCAAUCUGAACCUGAGCCGGGCCAUCGGGGACCUGGAGUACAAGAAGAGGCUCGACCUGCCGCCAGAGCAGCAGAUCAUCUGCUCCACCCCCGACGUUCUGACGGAGCAGCGCACGCCGGAGGACGAGUUCCUUAUCGAAGACCCUGCGACGGUGUCUGGGACGUGCUGACCAAUCAGGAGGCCUGCGAUUUUGUGCGCGAGCGCCUCCUGAAGGGCAUGGACGUGGCGCAGGUGGGGGUCGAGCUGCUCGACCGAUGCCUCAGCCCAGACCCGCAGAAGACGGACGGGCUUGGCACAGACAAUAUGACGGCAGUCGUCGUGAAGAUCAACGGCGCGCCCGCGUGGACGUCCGCCUAGGAACGGCACACCGCCAGCCGUGGGCAUCUGCGGCGGACGGCCUCCUCUGCCUCCUCCCUGCCCUCCCCGUCCCUCCUCCUGCGCGUCCUCUGACUCGGAGCAGCGCAUUGGCGCCGCGGUCCGAAGUAUGGAAGAAGUGACCAGCGCAUUCUUGCUCUUUCUCGUCCUUCUCCCCCCUCUCCCAC